UUACCUACGGUAUGACUGUGGCUCAGAUCUACGAUGACGGCCAGACCUUCAGCCCCGAUGUUUUGGACGUUGGCGAGGAGCAGCUGUUGUCCAGCCUUCAGUCUGCCAUCCGGACCAUCACCACCAUAUCUCUGGCCACAAACUUCCCCACCCUGCCAUCUGUCAUGCAUUCGGUUGUCAACUCCUACAAGAACAUGAUUGCGAUUGCGCUCGAGACGGAAUACGGAUGGAGCGAGAUCGAAGAGCUCAAAGAUCGCGUUGCCAACCCUGAGGCCUAUGCUGCUGCUGCCCCUGCUGCCGAAGCUGCAAAGGGAGAAGAGACAAAGGAGGCUGCCAAGGAGGAGUCGGAGCCUGAGGAAAGCGAAGAUGAAGGAGGGUUUGGUGACCUUUUCGGCUAAACGCAACAUUGCUUUGAUUCCUACUCCGAGAUAUUAAUGCAAAUGAAUGUAGCAUAUCUAUGGCCUUUAUGUCUUGCGCACUAGAUCAAAUGCAAAACUGCAUAAAAACAAUAAACAAAUUGACCCAAGCUCGCCUACCAACGCGAGCUUCGAAUUUGAUGUGUAUUUUUUUUUUGUCAAAUUAUAUUAUCCAACGCACCAAUAGAUCACACCAACAACGGGAUCCGCGCCAGUUCCCGACUAAAGUAACUGCUAGUUUUUACACUCGAAUUAUGUAUUCUCCGCCGUCCGG